CAAGCAUAGACAAUACAAUACAUGAGUUCAGAUAUUUAUUUCGGUUUUUGAGUUAAUCCAAUAAAGAACGUUUCAUACCAGCUUCAAAAGUGGUCAUCCAAUUGGAUACCGCAGUCCCCAAAAAACAAAAGAAAGAUAUCAAACAAUUUGAUUCGCUGAACGAGUAACGAUUAAUGAUCGGGCGUGCUCAGUAAAAAGAUAUUUGUUAUUUACCUCUCGACGCAAACGAAUUAAAAUGGCAUCGAGUCGUGUUAAUCUUUCGAAUUUGGCCCUCGAGAAUCGUUUGGUUGGUGGCAAAUAUCGUUUAUUGAAAUCAAUUGGCAGCGGAUCCUUUGGCGAAAUCUAUCAGGGCAUCAACACACAGGACGGCAAGGAUGUGGCCGUGAAAAUCGAAGCAGCCGACGUCAAGUAUCCGCUGUUGCGUUACGAAUCAAAGGUUUACGAUCAGAUCGGACCACACGCCGGAUUGCCAACAUUUUUGCACUAUGGCAGCGAGAAGCGUUUCAAUGCACUCGUCAUGGAACUGUUGGGACCCUCGCUCGAGGAUCUGUUCAAUCUGUGCCAUCGUCGCUUCUCCCUGAAGACGGUGCUGAUGAUCAGUGAUCAGCUGUUGAUGCGUCUGGAGUGUGUGCAUCUGCAUAGUUUCAUACAUCGCGACGUCAAGCCGGAUAACUUUCUGAUGGGGCUGGGCAGGCACAGCAAUAAGUUGUAUUUGAUUGAUUUUGGUCUGGCCAAGCACUUCGAGGAUCCGGUUAGUCAUCAGCAUAUUCCGUAUCGCGAGGAUCGCAAUUUAACCGGCACUGCGCGUUAUGCCUCGAUCAAUGCUCAGCGUGGUAUUGAGCAAUCGCGUCGCGAUGAUCUCGAGUCCUUGGCCUAUUGCAUCAUGUACUUUAAUAUGGGAAAAUUGCCGUGGCAAGGUGUUGUGGCUGCCAACAAGCAGCAGAAGUAUGAAAAGAUCUGGGAGCUGAAGCAGAGCAUGUGCAUCGAUGAGGUGUUUAGGAAUUGGCCCAAUGAGUUUGCCCUGUUUAUCAAGUACACACGCAAUUUACGCUUUACCGAUGCUCCCGAUUAUGUUUACCUGCGACAACUGUUUCGCUUUCUAUUCCGCCAGCAGAAUCAUCAAUACGAUCACGUCUACGAUUGGACACUGCUGCAGCAAGAGCAAAAGGAACGCGAUCGUGAUCGUGAGUAUCGACGUCGUGCCAAGCAGAUGCUCGAACAGGAGUUGGGACGUCGUCAGCGGGUGAAAUUGCAACGCGAUGAGAUCGGAGAUAGCAGCAUUAAGCCGAAGCAUAAAACAGCCGAAGAGCGAAGGCAUCGCAAGUGAAGCACUUUGAAACAUUCAAGUUUCUUUCAACGUGACACAUUUGUGGCACAUUUUAGUCAAAAUUAUUGAAAAAAUAACUCAUCGAUUGCAUAUAAUUAGUAUAUAAAAGAUUUUAUUGUUAAA